AUGGAAAAUCAGGAUGGUCAACUUCUUAAUCGACAUGACCGAACUCUGUUUCAAUCCAUUGAAAGGGGUCCAUAUGUACCAACAACUGAAAUACCAGCUAUUCCAGUAACUGAUCAAUCACUAGUAGUCCCUGCCUCCUUGGCUCCCAAAAGUGAAAGUCAUUGGAGCCAAGAAGACAAGGAACUGGUGGCUACAGAUGAAAGGGCCAAAUCACUUUUGAUAAUGGCACUUCCCAAUUACAUAUUCUCUCAAGUGGAUGCAUGUGCAUCAGCUAAAGAGAUAUGGGAUCAGUUAGAAAAUCUUUGUGAAGGAGGGGAAAUGAUGAAAAUGAACAAAAGAACAAAUUGUGUUUCCCUUUAUGAGAGAUUUAAGAGUUUACCAAAUGAAAAACUUUGUGAAACCUACUAUAGAUUUGCAAAACUUUUAAAUAAGCUGAAGAAAUUUGGGAUUGUAAAAUCAAAUGAUGAAAGGAAUAUAAAAUUCUUGGAUGCUUUGCCUAGGGAAUGGAGGAGUCUAACCAUGACUUUGUCCUCCACUUUAGAACCAGGCAAUAUGAGUCUUCAUGACUUAUAUAGCAUUCUUGUCCCUAGAGAAGAAGAAAUAUAUAAAGAAUCAAAUGAAACAGGGGGAUCUUUAGCUUUAAUCUCAAAUUCACAAAGAACACCCAUCUGUGAUCCACAAACCUCAAACUGCCAAAAUAUUGAAAAUUCUGAUACAUCAUCAGAUUUUUCUGCUUUUGCUGAAGCAAUUGCAUUGCUCACUAAAACUUUUAAGCAGAGGUUAAGGGGAGGUGGUCAAAGGUACCAGAAAAGUGAUAAAGGAAGGAUGGAAGGAAGAUCAAGGGAUAAAGAAAAAGCAGAAGUUAUGUGUUACAAAUGUAAACAAAAGGGUCACUAUGCAUCAGAGUGCAAAAAUAAGAAACUGAAGGAUGUUGCAUACUAUGAGAAGAAGCUGGAAGAAGACAAGAAGCAACAAAAGGUCAGUUUGAUAGCUGGGACAGAUACAUGGCUGUCAGAUGACUCUUCUGAUGAAGAAGAAGAGAUGGCAAAUUUCUGUCUCAUGGCACUUUUUGGUGAACAACCUGAAACAUCAGAACAAAAGAUAAAUUUAGAUAAUCUUGACCUUGAACACAAAUUAAACAAACUUAUGUCAGGUUUUCUAAAUCUGUAA